AUGUCUAAACCUAGUUCUUCUUCAUCAUCAUCAGCUAUUGUUCAACCAGUGAACUCGCUCAUCUCCGAUGAGACGUACUCGAGAAUCAUGGGAUUCGUGGCCGGAGUGUUCAGUGGAGUAGCCAAGAAUGCUGUGGGCCAUCCGUUCGACACCAUUAAGGUGCGUUUACAAACAUCGCAAACUGAAGCCAAGACCAGAUUUAGUGGGCCAUUGGAUUGCGUAUACAAGACGUUCAAGACACAGGGUAUCAGAGGGUUCUAUCUGGGGUUCACCCCACCUUUGGUGGGCUGGAUCAUGAUGGACUCGGUGAUGUUGGGAUGCUUACACAAUUACAGGAUGCUUCUACGUAAGUAUGUGUAUACGGAAGAAGAGAAGCUUCCGUUAAGCGGGUGCAUUCUCUCUGGUGUGAUGGCAGGCUGGUCUGUGUCAUUUAUUGCACCUCCAAUCGAGUUAGCCAAGGCGAAGUUGCAAGUGCAGUACGACCAAACUACUACGAGAUACAAGGGACCGCUCGAUGUGAUCAAGAAGGUUUAUUCCCAGCAGGGUAUUCGCGGACUUUACAAAGGGUUGAUCUCGACGUUGAUCUUUAGGACGCAUUUCGUGUACUGGUGGGGGUCAUACGAAUUGCUAACCAGAUGGUUUAGAGAGCAUACCAACAUGAGUGAGACUGCGAUUAAUUUCUGGGCAGGUGGGUUUAGUGCGUCGUUCGGGUUCUGGACCACUGCUUACCCAAGUGACGUGGUGAAACAAGUUGUGUUGUGUAACGACAAAUACGAUGGAUCGUUCAAGUCGUGGAGAACUGCGGUGAAGGACAUUUACCAGGCGAGAGGUGUGAAGGGUUUCUUCAAAGGUUUCGUGCCAAGUUUCUUGAGAAGUUUCCCUGCCAAUGCCGCAGCGUUGGCUGCAUUUGAGUUUGUGUUGAGAACGUCUGGUGCAAAGUCAUAA